AGUUUUUAUUCCAGUCGUCUGCCAACUUACGACAACGUUGAACGUUGAACGUUGAGCGAUCGACCAGAGUGCUAAGCAAUUAUCGUGUACUUUGUGUUCAAAUGUUUUUGAAACAGGAAUAGGAAGAAAGGUUACGAUGGAUAGGCAGGUAAGCAUAGUUCGGAUGUAUAUUGAUGAGGGUGCUCAUGUCAAUACGCCGGGUACAUACACUAACACCAUGCCAUUUUUUAAAAAUUUCAAGUAGAUCCAUGGUGCUAGUAUGGAAAAUGCAAUAGGCGUAGUCGGAGUAGACGAUCACAAAAGGGAUUGUGCCUUUGACUAUAAUCGCUGCCAAAAUAAUAAGGCAAAAAAUCAUACCGGGAUUUGACGAUUACAGAGCCCAUAUAUAAUCGUAGCCAUAAUCGUCCGUGAUUGCCUACUUUGACUGCCACUGUCAUCAUGUCUCUGGCGGGAAAAGUCGCCAUCGUUACCAGUUCUUCCAGCGGAAUUGGGCUCGCCACCACCCAAGUGCUUCUCGGAGAUGGAUGCUUAGUUCUCGGUGUUGAUCUGCAUCCCAAUGAUGUUUACAUGGAUUUACCAACCAAAGAGGCACUCCCUGAAUCCGGUGGGGUGGAUAUACUCGUGAAUGACGCCGGGAUCAUGGAUAAUAAUGGCGGCGUAGACGCGCUUAAGGACGGGGUCUUGACCGGUCUGGUUAGGUUGAUGGGAGAGGUAGUGAAAGUGAUGAAAGAGAAGGGCGACGGAACAAUCGUGAAUGUCGCGAGCAAAGCCGGCAUAAGCGGCGCUGCAGCUGGUGUCGCUUAUACCGCGAGUAAACAUGGACUCGUCGGCGCGACGACGAAUACCGCCUGGCACUAUAAAGAGGACGGCAUAAGAUGCAACGCCAUAAUGCCUGGGGGCGUGGCCACGAAUAUUGGCAGCACCUUAUAUGAUAUGGAUAUUGCGUCCAGUAUGAGAAUCAAACCUGUACUCGACGUUCAUAUGAACGCCGUUACGAGCGAAGGGAUCGCAGCACCGGAAACAAUUGCGCAAGUCAUAGUCUUCCUUGCCUCUGACUCGAGCAAAGGUAUCAGCGGUACUAUACUGCCUGGAUGCAGGAGCGUAUCAAAGGGCUGGAUUUGA